UCCCCAACCUAAUGAGUACUUGUGUAGAAUGCGGUGCGUCAGUAGCCAAUCUCUACACACAGUACAGUAAAGACAAUAUUCGGUUAACCACUUGUGAUAAUUGUAACCAGUUUGCAGACAAGUACAUUGAACACGACUUUGUCAUCAUCUUUAUCGACAUGCUGCUUCACAAACCACAAGUGUACCGACAUUUACUCUUUAACCGAAUCACAGAACAAAAAGGAGUGGAGCCUCAUGUCGUUCGCUUUGCUAUAUUAUUGAUUUUGUUUGAAGUCUACAUUAAAUGGUUUCGAUUGGAGCGAUACAAUACAAUGGAAGCGUCCUCCUCUUUUUUUCACCAGCCACUGUAUUUUCAAUAUCUGUAUAUCCUUACACUAUGUAUCUUGGAGUUUAUCGUUUUUCAUUUUACCAUCCAUAUGGUCAUAAGAUGGUAUUUUCGCAAAACGAAGCAUAGGAUAAGAUAUAAUUAUAUUUCUAUGGCGUUAAUUAUAUCCAGCUUUGGUAAAAUGUUACUGAUACUGAUGGUGAUUUGGGAUUACAAGCAGUUGGAAUAUUCUUGGCUUGUGAGUAUCCUUGUGUUGGCAUCCAAUACGGAAGCAUUAUCAGUUUAUUCAAAUAUACCCUACUUCCAAACCCUCUGUAUCAUCUUGUUUGGCAUAUUUUGCCGAAUCGUAUCACAAUUUCUGUUUUUCUAUACCACCUCAUUAACAUCCACCACGAGUACAGCAUUCACUGAUGUCUCCAACUCGAUUUGGAUCAAUAUUUAGAAAUAGUGUGAUUGGCGAAAAAGAUGGCAGCAGUAAUAAAACGGACAAAAAAGUGGGCUCCUUCUUUGGAUACAAAAGAAGAGGCGCGGUAUUUCGGCUUGGAAGUGAAAUGCAUAAAGUGGAUGAUUUAUUCUAGAGAUGUAACAUGCAAAAAAUAGUAGUAAAAAAAAAGAAAGAAACAAUAAAGAAAGAGAGAGAGAGAGAAUGUAAUGGUAUGCUUCAUAGUGAGUAAGGCAAAAAGGAACUACAUUAGGAUCCUACGAG